UCAAUGUUAUAUACUUUGCAUAAAGGAGAACCGUAAGAAAGAAUAUUAUUAGUGUUUUUUCUUUCUUUUUUUUUUUCUUUUUGGGUAGUGAGAAAAUGAACCAAGAAAUGAAUGGGACCGAGAGUGAAAAUGGGCAUGAUCAGAAAAUUGAUUAUGUUUUUAAGGUGGUGGUGAUCGGAGAUUCUGCUGUUGGGAAAACUCAGAUACUCUCAAGGUUCACUAAAAAUGAGUUUUGCUUUGACUCAAAGUCAACUAUUGGUGUUGAGUUUCAGACUAGGACUGUCAACAUUAAGGGCAAAGUCAUCAAGGCUCAGAUCUGGGACACUGCCGGCCAAGAAAGAUACAGAGCAGUUACAAGUGCGUACUACAGAGGCGCAUUAGGGGCAAUGCUGGUUUACGACAUCACGAAACGACAGAGCUUCGACCACGUGGCGAGGUGGGUGGAGGAGCUCCGGGCCCACUCGGACAACUCGAUCGUGAUAAUGCUGAUAGGGAACAAGGCCGAUCUGGUGGACUUGCGUGCGGUUCCAACGGAAGACGCUGUGGAGUUCGCAGAGGAUCAGGGCCUCUUCUUCUCGGAGACUUCUGCUCUCAGUGGUGACAACGUGGACGCUGCCUUCUUCAGAGUACUUGAAGAGAUAUACGGCGUCGUUUCUAAGAAGGCUUUGGAAUGUGGGAGUAAUAAUGGCAAACUCAACGGUUCUGAUCCUGCGGUUCUUCAAGGUUCCAAGAUUGAUGUCAUUCCUGGCUCUGAUUUGGAAAUAAGUGAGAUGAAGAAAUUAUCCACUUGCUCAUGUUGAUCUACAUUCUAUUUCUACUGUACUUUACUACUUCCUAAUUUGUUUUUUUAUUUUAUUUAUGGAUUUUCUCUUUUUGGGCUUGUUGAAAGUGGAUAGAGAGAGACAUUUGUGGAUGAGCCUUUUGUGUUGUUCAUAGAGAGUUAAGGCUCAUCAAGGAAUCUUUCUAGGCCUACAUUGUGAAGUUUCUUUUUGGGGAAAAAAAGAACAAAAAAUUAUU